GAGGGAGUUUUACGACACUUGCCGAUACUGCAGAGCAGCUUUACGGCAGCUCACGUCCACACGUGUUGUCAUCGCAUGGACGUCCGUCGGAGUAAAUAGCUGCAGCUCGCGGAUCAAAGUAACGACUUGAAGAAAACAUGUCUUUCAGAGGAGGAGGAGGAGGACGAGGCGGCGGACGAGGUGGAGGAUUUAACCGAGGUGGUGGCGGAGGAUUUAACCGGGGUGGUGGAGGCAGAGGUGGAGGAUUCGGAGGAGGCAGAGGAGGUGGAUUCGGACGGGGUGGAGGCAGAGGAGGUGGAUUCCGACAACAAGACUACGGUCCUCCUGAAUAUGUUGUCGCACUGGGAGAGUUCAUCCAUCCAUGUGAAGAUGACAUCGUGUGCAAGUGUACAACAGAAGAAAACAAAGUUCCUUACUUCAACGCUCCAGUUUACUUGGAAAACAAGGAGCAGAUCGGGAAGGUGGAUGAGAUUUUCGGCCAGCUCCGGGACUUUUAUUUUUCAGUCAAACUAUCUGAAAAUAUGAAGGCGUCGUCGUUUAAGAAAAUGCAGAAGUUUUAUAUAGAUCCGAUGAAGCUCCUUCCGCUACAGAGGUUCCUCCCCAGGCCGCCCGGAGAGAAAGGUCCGCCAAGAGGAGGCCGAGGCGGUAGAGGCGGUGGUCGCGGAGGCGGUUUUCGAGGUGGCAGAGGUGGAGGUGGUCGCGGCGGAGGAUUUGGCGGCCGUGGUGGAGGGUUCGGAGGUGGACGCGGCGGAGGCUUCAGAGGAGGAAGAGGAGGCGGACGUGGGUUCAGAGGUGGGAGAUGAUCUGCCCGAGGUUCUCUGGUGUGACGGUCCCAUUCCAGUCUUCUGCCACACGAGUAACAAAGGCUGGGUUUUAUACCAGUUGCUGGCCUGUUGGACUCCGAAUAUGGACAUUGCCUCACUUUGUAGAUUGAGUGGAUUUUCUCUUUUUUUUGUUUUAUUUUUGUACCAGUCUUGAAUGAGUGAUGGAUCUCCAUGAUUUGUAUUUAAAAAGGUUCAUAUGUAUGCUUGUUAUGUAACAUAACGAGGACCUUUUCUGCCUGUUGGGGAGGAUUAUUGGGCCCCUUUGUUAACAGGCAUGUCAUGAUCCUGUGCUGACUGUGUUAAAAUGUUAGGCCAUGACAGAUUUUGUCAAGAGAUGCUUCACAAACCUCGAUGUGUUAAUUUCCUGAGAUGAGAACAUGUGUGGUAAAUUAAUCUUUUAUGCUAUUUGUUAAGAUUUUAAUACCCAUCAUUUGUAAAAUCUUAAACAGGAUAUUGUCACAUUUUUGUUGACCUUGAUUAAAGGAUGCUUUGUAACAGG